CACGAAUCGGGGUAAGUUUAAUCGUAAUGGUUAAUUUGAGCCAAGAUGGCGUCCGAACAGUAGCUUUGUCGGACGGUUGAUCUGUACUAUAGACAGCUAAACGACCAUAAUCACAGGCUUGCGAACUUGGACAGGAUGGCACGGGUAGUUUUCCUCCAUCCUGACCUUGGUAUUGGGGGAGCGGAGCGGCUGGUGGUCGAUGCCGCUGUUGCUCUGAAGUCUCAGGGCUGUAGUGUUCAGAUCUGGACGGCCCAUUAUGACCCGACACACUGCUUCUCUGAGACCCUGGAUCCAGAACUGCCUGUGGUAUGUGUGGGUGACUGGCUACCCACCAGUGUGUUUGGCUACCUGUAUGCCCUGUGUGCCUACCUGAGGAUGAUCUAUGUGGCCCUCUACCUGGUCUUCCUCAGCGGGGUGGAAUAUGAUGUCAUCUUCUGUGAUCAGGUGUCUGUGUGUAUCCCGGUGCUACGACUAUCUCGUCGCAGGAAGAAGGUUUUGUUCUACUGUCACUUCCCAGACCAGCUGCUGACCCAGAGGAAGUCGGCCCUGAAGAAGCUUUACCGUACUCCCAUUGACUGGCUGGAGGAACGAACCACAGGCAUGGCUGAUAUGAUUUUGGUAAACAGCCAGUUCACUGCAGGCAUCUUCAGGGAGACUUUUCGUAGUCUGAGUGGAGUCCAGACAGAUGUCCUCUAUCCCUCCCUCAACACGCGUACCUUUGACCAGGAGGCUGCUGAAGCACAAGGCCUGGAAGGACUUCUCCCUGAGGGAACUACCUGUCUGUUUCUCUCCCUGAACCGAUAUGAAAGGGAAGAAGAAUUGGGCCUGGCUCUGGCAGCUGUGGCAACCCUUAGGAGCAGCCUUCCUCUAGCCCAGAGAGCAGGCAUUCACCUAGUCGUAGCAGGAGGUUAUGAUGAUCGCGUUACUGAGAACGUUCAGCACUACACUGAGCUGAAAGAGCUAGCAGCCACAGCUCCACUUGGAGGACAGUGUUACGUUUCUGCGCUCCCCUCGGAUUCAAUGAAGGUGGCGCUGCUGCGGGGCAGCACCGCCGUGCUUUACACCCCUAGCAGAGAGCAUUUUGGGAUAGUUCCUGUGGAGGCCAUGUACUGCUGCCCUGUUAUCGCUGUGAACUGGGGCCCCCUGGAGAGCGUGGCAGAUGGGGAGACGGGCUUCCUGUGCGAGCCCACAGCUGAGGCCUUCUCUAAGGCCAUGGAGAAGCUUGUCGGGGAGCCGCACCUCCGCAGGGACAUGGGACAAGCUGGGAGGAAGAGGGUAGAAGAUAAGUUCUCUCUUCAGGCCUUCUCAGACCAGCUGUAUGGGUACAUUGACAGGCUGAGCCAGUGAUGUGAAGGCUUGAGGAGAGGCAAGAGAAAACUGGUGGGAAUGUGAAAAAAAAUUCCCCUACUGAAUUGUAAAGCUGCCUAUGGAUGGCUCAGCUCUGCAGAGAGUAGGAGUGAGGAUGUAUGUGUAUACGUGCAAGGAGGAGGGGGAAGUAUUAUGAGGACUCGGAGGAUUAUUAAUCAGCAUUCCCCUGGAGGGGGUUGCUGCGAGGGGGAAAAAAGGACGGAAUUUCUGUACCAAUUAAGAAAAGAGUAACGAGUUUUCCAAUCCUAUCUUUACAAAAAUACCAACCUUGCAAGUGUGUACUUGUGUGUGAAGUUGUGGAUGUGUAGUAGCGUGGCAACCAAGAGCCUCCAAAUGAGUCUACCUAAAGGAUUGAUUGUUAGAGUGAAAUGUUUUGCACUGUGUCUGAGUGUGUGUGCGUGUGUCUCUGUUGUUUUCUUUUCUACAGUACUCUUUCUCUUUGUGUAUUUUGGGGAUGAAGAACAAGAAUGUUGUUAUCGCCAUGUGCCAUCGGGCAACGCACAGUCACUGAUCGAUAAGCAGGAUGCUUUCCAGUACUUCCGCUCGGAGCUUUGUUCCCCGUCUUGCAUUCAGAAGACGCCGGCCUGUCCAUGACUCUUACAGCUGCAUGGAGGUUAUUAGUAGAUGAUAGAGAGUGUUUGGCUUUAUUAGAGGUCUGGCUGAUGGGCAGUGUGCCUGUGUCUGGGUCAUUAUCAACAAGGAGAAUAGCAGGAGGUCAUUGUGUCUGCGUGCUGGCCUCUUCAGCCUUCCUACUGUAUAGAAAUGCUCUUAUUGACAUUCCUGAAGUCUUAAUAAACAAGGGGACACAUAGUUUGCUGAAUCUUAUGGAGCUUGCUUUGUUGGUAAGUUUUUGGCCUUUAAUGGAGUGCGCUAAGGAUUUUGUGGGUGAGUGUGGAGGGACAGAAGCAUUCUUAAAGCCGUGGAUAGAUCUGAUUUAAAUGAAACAUUUUCAGACAAAGCAGCAGCAGAGGAGUUUUUAUUUUGCUGAUUAGCAAAGUAAUAAGUUUCUGUCUCCACCCGCUGCUGCAUUAUCAUUUACGGAAUCCGAGUUGUGUCCUUGUGGGCUUGAUUCUUAAAAGGAAUCUAACAAAAGAGUAGAUCAUGGGGGACAGUAAAAUGGGUGUACAACUAAAGGUUAUUUUACAGAUUAGACCAACAAAAUUUCAGAAAAUAGUUUUUAAAAAGCCAGGCAUCAUAUUGUAGAGCGCAAAGUAACAUCAUCAAGAUGAAUUGUCUUAUAUUGUGCAAAUAUAGCCACUGUGACAUCACCGUAUUGUUUAUGAAAUUCUGUUAUGAAGCCUCAAACUAAGACUUAAGCCAUCUUGGUGUUUUAAAACCAGAUAAUGACUGAGAAACCAAGUGGCCCUUUGUGCUUAUGUGGAGCAGAACGGGGAAAAGCCGGCCGAAAACGCAGACCGAGAAUCUCAAUGACGCGAUCAAGAACAGCCCGACUUUCCAAUAUUUUUUUCAGUGUUUGACAUCUUAACUUCACUGCAAAUGUCGGCAAAAGGAAAAUUUAGUUUAAUAAAGUUCAAUAAAUUUAGUUUAUUGAACAGUUUCUGAUACAUAAACUGCAAAUAAACAAUGCACUAUUUUAACACAAAUCCUCACACCUAAUGGCGUGACUGGGUCAGUCAUCCUACUGGCAACUUUUCUGUCUUUAGCCUGUGGCGGUAACACUGUGUGAAUUGAUUAAUGGUUCCUUGUAAACCCAGUGGAGUUUUUAUUGGAAGUUUAAUCAUUUAGGAAUGUGCUACAAGUAAGUAGUUAUCUAUCGGCAUCAUUACUAAACUAGAAUAAUUCAAAGAACGGACACGGUAAAAUUCAUAGAAAAGAAACAAAGAUACAUGAAAUCUGUUAUUUUUAUUGCAUGUUAAUCAAGAAGAAUUUUAAUGUGAAAAGUUUGGGAAAUAUAAUUUGAAAAAUGAACAAUCUUGUAUUCAACAAGAAGAUCUGAAACUUGUUUGAGACCUCAGUUGGGUCAGAAAAGAAGUCACAGAAACAGGAAGAUGAAGGGUCAUUUUCCAACACCUACACCUGGGUUUCUUUUUUAAACCAAAGGAUGUGCCCCUUUAUGGCCAUUAGAAAGAAUUGUCUUCAUUUUUCAGUCCUUGUAAACUCCAUCUAUUUUUUAUUUUAUGAUUAUGUUAAAAGACCAGAGAAGAUUUAUGUCUUCUCAUGGGUUCAAACAGGAUUUUUCACUUGUUAGGGGAAUGUGUAAACCGCUACAUUAUGAAGCCACUUUAUUCAUUUAUUUUUGAUUUUAUAAAAUUAGUCAACUGAUUGGUGCAACUGUUACAACCCUAACUGAUUUAACUCCACUCUACGGUAUCCCUCUAACCCAUCUGGUUGCACACAGCAUGGCCAUAUCAAACAAAUGUGACGAAAUGCUCACUGUUGAAAUUCACCGGUUCAUAUUUGAACUCCUGGUGCAGGAAAAUCUCACAGCGACUGCUCAAUGUCUCCAGGCAGAUGGAACCAGGCUGUGUUUGUUGUUCUUGACCCUGAUUUGGGUUCCUUGAGGCACUUUGAUCUCGGCAAUGGGCUGCAUGCAAAUCCUGGUCUUCGGAAUGAGAUCAUUGCUUGGAAUCAUCAUCUGGAGGAAGCUGCGACACUUUCUGUGUCACAUUUUCAUCUUGAGGGGUGGAAAAAAUGAAUUUAAAUAAAUCUGCUGCAUUUUAUGGCAGGGAAAGCAUGUCUUCCCUCCAACCUCAAAAUGGAUAACAUAACCUCCCAUAUAAACACCCCAAAGAGACGACCCCAACCAUGGGUUCAUAAACUCAAUCAAGUCUCCAGUCUCUGCUCUGAUCGAUCUGCAGAAAGAAAGAGCAGAGUUGGUGCACAGAGAGCGCAAAAAAAAACAUUGAAUUUGGCUGGAAAUUUGAAAAGGAAAAAAAAAUUAAUUAAGGUUGUGAAAUUGUCACAACCUUAGCUUUUUAACUGGAUUUUAUACCACCCCUCAAGCUGGAAAGCAUGGCCAACAAACCCAAACUUGACAGCACUGUGCACUGUUAUACAUAGAUAUAUUAUAAACACUCACCUGUCACCAUAUCAUUUUGGAAGAAUUGUUGUUCCACAUUCCCAGAAGCAAUUCUAGUUGCUGCUGUGAGUUGAAGUCAACUGACAGACUAAAGUGCACCUUCCCUUCACAAGGCACUGUAAACAAGUUUACUGUAAGUAGGUUCCAAUGAUAGGGAGCCUAAUAUGUUAAAUAUUAAUCUAACAUCUUCUAUAUUUUUCCACCUUCAGGCAGGACACUGUGAGUCUCAGCAAUAUUCCAUAUUCAGAAAUGUUUCUUUUAGUUUGAUUAAGUUGUGCGGUUCAUCUGCACUGAGUUUGCAAAUCCCUCAUCUCAUAUUGAUUCAGACAUUUCUUCAGAGUCAAUUUCAAAAGCUGAAAGGCAAAGAAACCAACAGCGAUACCACUUAUUUUUCAGAACUUCAAAUUAUUUGUCCCUAUAGGUCCAAUUAGUGCUGGCGGCCAUGAUUUAAUUUAAAAUAGAUAGCAAGGUGUGGAAUAUCACAGUGGUGCUUCUCAAGUCAAUUUAUGUAUGUGAACCUGAUAGGUUUGAUUUUUGCAAAUAGAGUUAAAUACAUAUUCUGAUUUAAUAUUCAAGAAUGGUUUGGCCUGAGAAAUCCUUGUUUUGCACAACUGACAUUUGAUCUGUUGUUGGCUGUUUGAUCUGUUGGUGCUUGAUUGGAGGGUCAUAAUCAGUUGGAUAGAUAGAUAUUCAAAAAAUAAAAAACUAUUUAGUGAGUCAUUUGAGGGAAGUAUUAAGCAUUCUGGUUUCUGAGCUUCUACAAGUUAUUCUUUACUUACAAAUUCAUUACAAUUGUGGAUGCUAUUUGCAAAAUAUGUAUUUUCAUAAACCCCUAUAACAGAAAAGAAGAAGGAAUUAGAAACAAAAGCAGUUUUGCAAAGAAUCAGUGAUUGGCCAAGAAUCAGUGAAGUGUGUGUAUGUAUGUGUCCCUGCUUUGUUUCCACAUGUGGAGGCAUUAAGAGCAAAUGAUGACGAGCGUGUUGCUGCAGUGAUUUAGGGGCCCUGCUAGGCUAGAUGAUAAAAUGGUCCCGUGGAGUCUGUAAGGGAGCAGAAGAUGCACAAACAAACGCACACAGCAGUAAACGCUGAUCAGGCUCCAUUAAGCGUUCCACGUUCCUGCCUACACAGAAACACUGUGUCUGAGGUCUCCUUUCUGUUGCUGUCUGGUUUCUUUGCUCCUUAAAGGUCUUUACCUCAAAGUUGGGAAAGAAGAAUCAGCAUCCCUUCACUCCCCAUCUCCCCCCCCGACUCUGUCUCUCUGCCCUGUGGUGGGGUGGUUAUUGAGAUCAUGGUGUGUCUGAGUGGCAGUGAUAACCGGUACCCAGGUGCCAGUGGCACACGGUGUUUAAUUAAUUAAUGAGACCGCGGGGUUGGUUUUCUAAUUCCACCUAGCCAGCAUCGGGGGGGUGGGGUGGGGGGUAGCCGUGAAAUGUUUAGGUGUGUGUUUUCAGGCGAGAAAAGGGGAGAUGUAUGUGCAAGUGUGUGCGUGUUAUGGGUGUAUAUCUAUUUUGUUGGCAGUUUGGGAGCUGGUUUCCUUGUUAGUGGAGUAUUAAAUAUGUAUGGAAUAUUUUUACUCUGACUUUUAAUCAAGCCUCUUGAUUGGGAGUUAAUCACAGGCCAAAUGAAGCUGAUGAUGAAAGAAACACAGUUAGUGUUACAGUAAUACAUCAAUCUGAACUCUUCCUCCUGCACAAUAACCAGGUCAUAAGCAUGGGGAUACAAACAUAAUGCAAUUACUGGAUGGUCUUCGGAUGUGUGUGGUGUAGGUUAAGGAUCCAAUUAGGUAAUAUCAAGACAUCAAACCAAAUUCCACAGAAACCAGAGAGCAAGAAUACGAAAUAGACUUUUUAAAUAAACUCUAUAUUAAGACCUUUAAAUUACUCCAAGACGCUGUCAGUAUUUUAUUAAAAACAUGUCCAUCAGCAACUUUCACAACUCUGCACGACACAUUGUUGGCUCAUCGGCUUAAUGUUUGGCUUCGCCAGUCAUGCAACAUACAAGAGAAAUACUAAAGCCAUCAUAAUUUACAUUACCUGUGAAUUACCAUGAAUAAACGCAAAAAAGCACCUUAAAACUGCUAUCAAAACAUGCAAUUCACCCUGUGCCUAAACGUUUACCAGAAAAACAUAAAUUAAGGUAAAGCAUAUUAUGUUACUAUCACACUAAUCAUGCAACAUUUCUCCAGGAGUUUCCACUGGGAGGACCUUUGGGUGUUGGGACAUGUUUUUGUAAAAAUUAUUACAAAACAUCAUUAUUAAAAAAAAAAAAAAAAACAUAUACAGCCGGUUUCCCAGUCAUGGAUUAAGCAUGGUCCUAGACUAAAAGGAAAAAGUCAAUGAAGACCAAAACAGGAAAAGUAUUUAGUCCAGGAUUAGACAUAACCCUGUACGGGAAACUGGGCCAUGAUGUCCUUUAGUUCCAGCCACAUUAACUUUGGACGAGUAAAACUCAGUCACCUUGCUAGUACUGGGUUGGAUCCCUUUUAUCUUCAGAACUGCUUUAAUUCUUCAUGGCACAGAUUUAAUAAGGUGCUGGAAAUGUUCCUCAGAGAUUUGUGUCCAUAUUGACAUG